AUGGAAGCAGCCAACCUCACCAGGGUCUCUGAGUUCCUCCUCCUGGGCCUCUCACAGGACCCUGAGCAACAGCAGCUCCUGUUUGGCCUCUUCCUGAGCAUGUAUCUGGUCACAGGUCUGGGAAACCUGCUCAUCAUCCUGGCCAUUGGCACCGAUGUCCGACUCCACACCCCCAUGUACUUCUUCCUCGCCAACCUGGCCUUUGUGGACAUCUGCUUCACGUCCACCACCAUCCCCAAGAUGCUGGCCAACCACGUGUCAGGACGCCAGGGGAUCCCAUAUGCUGGCUGCCUGACCCAAAUGUUCUUCUUUAUCUGGUUUGCUGGCAUCGAUAGCUUCCUGCUGACCGCCAUGGCCUACGACCGCUAUGCAGCCAUCUGCCACCCUCUGCACUACACCACGUCUGUGACACCACAGCUUUGUGGCCUGCUGGUAGUGGCCUCAUGGACUGCAGCCUUUGGGAACUCCCUGACCCACACUGUGCUGCUAACACACCUCUCAUUCUGUGGUCACAACCAGGUUCCCCAUUUCUUCUGUGACCUCAGUCCUCUGCUGAAGCUGGCCUGUUCCGACACCUUCCUCAAUGACUUGAUGGUGUACACAGUGGGGGCCCUGCCCAUCAUCACCCCCUUUGUGGGCAUCUUGGUCUCGUACACACGCAUCUUUGCAGCCGUGCUGAGGAUCCCCUCUGUAGGAGGGAAGCGCAAGGCGUUCUCCACCUGCGGUUCUCACCUCUCAGUGGUGUCCCUGUUUUAUGGGACACUCAUUGGGGUUUAUUUCAGCCCCAUGUCCUCCCACACGGCCCAGAAGGACACCCUCGCUGCGGUGAUGUACGCUGUGGUCACCCCCAUGCUGAACCCUUUCAUCUACAGCCUGCGCAACAGUGACAUGAAGGGCGCCUUGGGGGGCCUCAUCAGCAGGAAGCCAGUUUUCAAUCGGUGA